AUGAAAAGGCAAAACCAAAGCUCUGUGGUUGAAUUCAUCCUCUUGGGAUUUUCUAACUUUCCUGAACUCCAAGAGCAGCUCUUUGGAAUCUUCUUGGUUAUUUAUCUGGUGACCCUGAUAGGAAAUGCCACCAUCAUCGUUGUCAUCUCCCUGGACCAGAGCCUUCAUGUUCCCAUGUACCUGUUCCUCCAGAACUUAUCUGUGGUGGAAGUGAGUUUCAGUGGAGUUAUUAUGCCUGAAAUGCUGGUGGUCCUCUCCACAGAGAAAGCGACUAUUUCUUUUGCUGGCUGUUUUGCACAGAUGUAUUUCAUUCUUCUUUUUGGUGGGACAGAAUGUAUUCUCCUGGGGGCAAUGGCUUAUGACCGAUAUGCUGCAAUCUGCCAUCCUCUGAGCUACCGAAUGAUUAUGAACAAAAGGGUUUUUAUGAAAUUAGUUACGUCCUCAUGGGCUUUAGGUUUCUCAAUGACUACCCUACAAACCCCAUGGGUUUUUAGUUUUCCUUUUUGUGGCCCCAAUGAAAUUAAUCAUCUUUCUUGUGAAACCCCUCCAGUGCUAGAGCUUGUGUGUGCGGACACAUUUUUGUUUGAAAUCUAUGCAUUCACAGGCACUGUUUUAAUUAUUCUGGCUCCUUUCUUACUGAUACUUUUGUCCUAUAUUCGAAUCCUCUUUGCCAUCCUGAAGAUGCCAUCAACCACUGGGAGGCAAAAGGCGUUUUCCACCUGUGCCUCUCAUCUCACAUCUGUGACCCUCUUCUAUGGCACAGCCAUUAUGACUUAUUUACAACCAAAAUCCAGCUACUCACCAGAAACCAAGAAAUUGAUGUCACUGUCUUAUUCAUUGCUUACCCCUCUGCUGAAUCCACUGAUCUACAGCUUGCGAAAUAGUGAGAUGAAAAGAGCUUUCAUGAAAUUAUGGAGAAGAAAAGUGGUUGCGCACACAGUCUGACUGUGUUGAGAAAAGCCAUGUGGUAUUUGGUUACUACCCAACCAUCCUCUAUUUAAGUUGAAUAAAUGCUGAAACAGAUUAUUUUUCUUGGUAUGAGUGUGUUUAAUUUGUUGAAUAUCCAUGUUCGAUACUACAUCAGGGGCAUAUUUAUAUAUUUAUGUUAUUAUUUUUCAUAGAUGCUCAAUGUUCCUUAGUAUCGGCUAUAACACAGUUUCUUCAACCAUUUGUUUAAUGAUGGUCAUCUAGGUUGUUUUUAGUUUUUUGUCAGUAUAUACAACGCUAAAAUAAAGAACCCAGUUUUACAUGUUAGUAAAUACUUGUGCUGUGGAAUAGAUUUCACCAAGAUGGUUUGAUGAGGCAAAGCAAAUGUGUGCUUGAAAAUUUUAAUAGAUAUUGCCAAAUUACUUUCUGAAAUUGUUGGAAUUACUGCAGACUGGCCUGAAGACCCACUUUGCCCCAAGAAGCCAACAAAUAAAGGCAUGGGAUUUUUACUUUCGGAGUGAAAAUAUGGUCCAUGAUACAGUAGAAAAUAAACAGUAUUUACUGAGAAGACCACACUGACUCUAGUUCAGGGAU